AUGCAUACUGCAGAAUAUGGCUUUGGGAGCAAAAUCUCCACUGAGGGCGAUGUAUUUAGCUAUGGAGUCAUCAUCUUGGAAAUGCUAAUAGGAAAGCGUCCAACUGAUGAGAUGUUUAAAAAUGGCCUGCGCCUUUACAAAUUUGUUGAAAAAUCAUUUCCUCAAAAGAUUGAGGAGAUUCUAGACCCUAGGAAAGUUCCAGGUUAUAGAGAUGAAGGUGAAGAUGCAGGAGGUGAUUUAGACUGGGAAACUCAUCGAAUGGUUGCUAUGAACUGCAUCAUAAAGCUCACUGAGCUUGGGUUGUUGUGCUCUGCAGUGACACCUAAAGAUCAGCCCACUAUACAGCACGUAUACAACGAAGUUACCGCAAUCAAAGAAUCAUUUCCAGCAUUGCAGGGCUGA